UGCAAACAUUUAAUCGUGGAGUUAAAGUCAUUUGUGAGAGAAGUACAUCAUGACUGGUCGUGGAAAAGGAGGAAAAGGAUUGGGAAAGGGAGGAGCAAAACGUCAUAGGAAAGUUCUUCGUGAUAACAUUCAGGGUAUUACUAAGCCGGCCAUUCGUCGUCUGGCUCGUCGUGGUGGAGUCAAACGUAUUUCUGGCUUGAUUUACGAAGAAACGCGAGGUGUUCUUAAAGUAUUCUUGGAAAACGUUAUCCGAGACGCAGUGACUUAUACUGAGCAUGCUAAAAGGAAAACUGUUACGGCUAUGGACGUCGUCUAUGCGUUGAAACGGCAAGGAAGAACCCUCUACGGUUUUGGUGGUUAAAGUGUCAUUCUUCACUUUUGUUCAAUAAAAACGGCCCUUUUUAGG